AUGUUUUUUUUUAUAUUUAUAUCCAAAUUUCUUUUGAGUGGCGAGCAUCUUGCUGUGGCGCUGCGUGUGGGUGCCUCUCGGGUCAAAACCCCUGAGAUGUUGGGUCCCUUCCAAUUUCAACAGACAGGAUGCGAAGAGAAUGGUGAUGGAUUGACCCGGUUUGUUUGGUUCUUUCUAGUCCUUAUUGUCAAACACGAUGAGGUAAAUAUUGUAAUGGUGAACAUGAUGUUUGUCAUUCCUCGGCGCAGUCGUUCUUUCCAUAUGCAUGAAGGCUUCUGGACUUGGACAUAUUUAGACGCCAGCCCGUGA